AUGAACAAGUAAAGUUUUGCAACUAAGGUGAAAAACAUUUCCUACGCCGAAAAUAAUAGAGAUAGUUUAUCAACACUAUAGCCUCUGCUAGUCAAAAAUUCAACAAUGUAGAUUGAAGAGGGUUAAGAAGAAAAAGAUAUCAAAAGACUUUUGCAUGACGGACUAACAAAUCAACUAUACUAUGGCUCAGAACAGUUUCUUAAUAGACCUGAUUCUGCUACAUCUCAAGAAUUUUUAGAUCACGUUACAUAUUAAGUUGAUCUAUCUUAACUUUAUAAGAUAGUAGACACUUGCUAUGUGAAUUCAACCAUGCCUUAUUGUCCAAUAUUGGUAGAGAACAAAGAAUAAGCUCUUAAACACAACUCCUCAAGAUAUCUUUUGCAAGUAUGGGACAAUAAAUCAGAGUUAAUCUAUCAAAGGGAACUUCACGAUAAACCUAUUGCUUGGUUUGUUACAUUUAACACUCUUAUUUAUCUUCCUCAUGAAUCAGACCAAGUCUAGAAUGAAAAUUGCUACUACAUAGUAUUCUUGUACAAACAAAAUUGUAUGAUUAAACUUGAUGUAACAGGAUAAGAAUUUGGUGAGAUAGAAGACCCAAUCAUAGGUUAUUGCAACAAGUGCCUAUAUAUAUCAUCUUAAUCUACAAUUUGGAUUAUAAGUACUGUGCAGACUAAAUAACUUGGUCCAGGGGAAGUUGAACUAGUUAAUGAUUUUAAAAAUGAAAUAAGGAAACCAUACAAACUUGAAUUGGGACAGGUGAAGAACCACGGAUUCUUAAUAAAUACUUAAAAAACUGCUGAUCAAUUUUUGAUUAUUUGCUGUGAAACAUCAGAUCAUUAAAUUGAUUUCUCUAUGCUUACUUACAAAGUUACAGAAAGAUCUUAUUAGAUAAUGCAGAUCCAAGAAGUUGUUUCAAGAGAACUUGGGCAAUAAGACACCAUUGUUUAGUUUAAAGCAAUAUACUUUGAUGAAUGGCCUUAUGCUAUAGUCAGAAGAGCAUCAGGAUAAGUAGACUUCUAUUGGAACUACCUAAGAAUAAAUAAUUCUUAAGGUCAGUAAGAUUCGCUUUUGAAAGACAAAUUCAUCGAUGUUGAAGUCAACUUUGAAGGAUUCUACUUGAGAGAACUGAUCGGAAAUAAAAUUAAGAAGAUCGGCCUUCAUUGGCAGGAAAGAAUUGGCUUGGAUGUGGUUGAAUCUUUGAACUCCAAGAAUCUACAUACAUUCUAAACAUUGUUUCAACAAAAGAUAACUGAUAAAGUGAACUUCUAUCCCACCUCAUGUCUUAUUAACACAUCUUUUAUCAUAGUUCACAAUGAUAGAAUCUACAUCUACGAUAUUAUUAAUAAAGAAUGGGCUCAUAACUCAUUUUAAUGCAAUAAGUAAGUGAGGAAGGUAUUUAGAAAUGAAAAAAGUCCAGGUAUUUACAAUGUUGUAGUUUUGCUUUUAGAUGGCACAUUCGAGAUGAUUGAUAACGAAGACACUAUGUCUUUUAGUCCUGAAAUGUGGAAGCAUCAUUAGAUUAAUAACUGCAAGCUUGAGGGUACUCCUAUAUCUCUGGUUCAUGAUUAUAAGAACUACAGAAUGAUGUAUGCUUUAACUAAGCAAGAAAGUACUUGCACUUUAUAAGGGUUUACAAGAAAUUUUCUGCAUAACUUUACUGCACUAAAAAUGCUUUGUGAAAGCUCAAUAAUUGUGCCUUUAUUUACUUCAUUCAAGGAGACUUAAUUUAUUGUUUAUACACCAAGGGAUAAAGAAGACUUUGGCUAAAUAUAAGUAGUAUAAGUAGCAUUCAAACUAAAAGCUGAUGGCUAGGAAAAGGUUACUUCAACAGUAAUAAGAACCAUAUAAUUCGAUGAUGCUGAUUUAAUUAACACAAGUGAUCAUCCUCCGUUUGUAUCUUUGACAAGAAAUCUUGAUGAAGCAAUCUUUCUCAUUAGUAAGAAGAAUAUUCAUAAAGUUGAGGUAUAAUAAGAGACCGUAAAAACUUGGCAUGAUGUAAAUAUAUCUGGUAUUCAAAUGCUUGAUAAUAAUCAUUGCUAUGCUAUAGUAAAUAACUAGAGUUCGACGAAAAAUUAAGUAUCUGGGCUCAAAUAUUUCACUCUUGAUAUGUUGAUGAUGAAUUUAUAGACUAGCAUGCUAGAAAUCGAUGUUACUGUUACUGGACCAUACAGUGGCAUAGAAUUCAGUAAAGAAAAUGAGAGACUUACUUAUCUUAAGACUUAUGAUGUGGCAAAUAUUAUACCUAUCCUAAACAGAUCAACUAUCAAUUACAUGGGAAUGCUUCCUCGAUCAAACUACCUAGCAUUUAAGAAAAAAUAAAAUUAGCUAUUUGCCUUGGAUAGAAAUAACAGAAUUACUGUCUGGAAUGUGCUAACUGGAAAGCAUAUUUCCAUACACCAUCUACAGGGAGUAGAUUACAGUUAAUUUAAAAUUUUUGGGCUAGAACAAAAUGACAAAACUUACCUAAGAGAAUGGUAUUAGCCAAUGACAUUGAUAGUUGAAACGCAUGAAGAGUUUGACCAAUUUGAAUACUAGAAAUUUUCAUAACAAAAAAUAUCAAAUGAAAUAGAAAAAGGAAGAGCUUAUGUGCACAAUGAAAAUUUUAAGUACCAUUUAUUCAAACUAAUCGAAAUUGAAAGUGAAUCAACAGUUAAAGAGCAUCAAGUCUUUGUCCACUAGCAUUAUAAUGACAAGUUCUAAAGACUGUAUAUAUCAGAGGAUAGGUAAUUGAUGAUUGAAAGGUUAGUGAAUCUAAGAGUUCUUGUUUAUCAAAGUGAGAUGGAAAGUGAUGGAUAUACUAAAUGGCAUAUAAUAAAGAGAUUUGAAAAUUUUCCUUAUGAUUUAUCAGAGCUAUCAGAGAGUCUAUUUAUGUUUUCGAAAGACUUAAAAAGAUACAUCAAUUUUGAUAAAGUUCAGGGUCUAUUCUUCAUAAGAAAUACAAUUGGAUAUGAAAAGAUCAAAGUUCCAAAAGAAUAUAUGAAUCCUACUUUAGAAGAUCCCUUGAAUGUAAUUAAAAGAGUCAAAUGGGUUGGAAAUGACUAAUUAAUGAUCUGUAAUGAUUGGGGUCUUGAAAAGUUAAUCAAGAUUGAUUACUAAAAAGAAACUUUUACAGAAAUCAGCUCAUUAAAGAUACCUGCUUUUCAGCAGCUACUAACAUUUGAUCAUAUUUAUGAAGAACCAACUCCUCUUGAUCUUGGAGCAAUAGUACAUAGAUUAUUAAGGAAAUAUAGAGAUAUCUAAAGGAGAAGAAUAAUCUUUAAUAAGGAUUUCACAAUUCAAAUAUACGAGGAACUAUUCUAAGUUGACUAUAAUGUUAAUAAUGGUUAUGGCAAGCUAGUAUCAGAUUUAAGUUUUUCCUAUAUUUCAUGGAAGAUAAUUGAAGAAAUUUGUAAGGAAAAGGAUCCUUAUGAUAUUAAGUUGUUUGACACUCACUCAUUAAUGAUGCUUUCUCUUAACAUAUUGCCAGGCUGCUAAACAAUUCUUCAUAAACUCUCUAAAAAAUCUGCUUAACUUCUUCAUAUUCUUCAGAAUGUACCCAUUUACUAACUUAGUAGUCCAGAUUAUGAGCAUGAAUUCGAAAUGCCAUUUAUAUUGAAUCUUAAGAAUAAAACUGCACUUCAUAUUUGCUAUGAAAACAAGGAGUUUAAAUCAGCUGAUAAUUUGAUUAAAUAUCUAUCAGAUGCUCCUAUUGAUCAUCAUGGAAGAGCUAUAUAAGAUAUAUUGCCAGAUUUAGUGCGAAAGGAAUUGCCUUCACUUCAAUAGUACUUUGAUAACAGACUUUUGACUACUCCAUAGUUGAAAAAAGUUGGAAGAGGUUAACUUAAAAAAUAUCAAGAAAAUCUAGAUUUAGCUUUUACUACUUAGUCCUUGUGGGCCUCAGAUAAUCUUAAAAAGGAAAUAUUUAUAGAGAAUGAUAAAAAUGAUAAGAAAUUGAAACCCAUAAUGUCAGAUGUAGAGUUAAAGUUCCUUGACUUGCCAAAUUUUCAUUAUCUUAAUCAGAAAGUUGCUAAAGAUUUCUUUAAUGCUCUUAAGGAAACUGAAGAUCUAUAACUAUUUGAACUAAAAAGUAUCAGAUUCUUAGUUGAUUAUCUCUGGCCAAUAAUUAAACAGCAAACAAGGAAAAGAUUGUUGAUACCAUUUGUAUUCUACUUAAUAACUUAUUGGGUUUACACGAAUUUUGUAUACGAAUUCUAUUAUACAGGUGGAGCAUAUGGAAUUUAAAUAUUGUGGACAAAUCUAUCGCUACUUGUUUUAUUUUCUCUCUAUUUCCUGUUCUAUGAGUUUAAACAAAUUCUUUCCUCAAAAGGUUACGAAUAUUUCUUUAGUCCAUGGAAUUACAUUGAUCUUACACCACCAGUUAUUAUGAUAUCUUAGGCUAUUUUGAAUUUCAUACCAUUGCAGGAUGAAGGACAAAAUUGGGUAUCUUCAAUUUAAGCAGUUGGAAGUUUAUUUAUGUGGCUGAAGUUGCUUUAUUUCUUUAGAAUCAACAAAGAUACUGCUUAUCUAAUUAGAAUGAUUGCUAAAGUUAUUGGAGGAAUGAGAACAUUUUUAGGUGUUCUUCUUAUUACAAUUGUUGCAUUUGGUGAUGCAUUUAUCAGUUUGAAAAAGGUUAAAGAGCCAUUAGAUGAUGAUUACAGCCUAACACUCUCAAAUUUUUUAAUUGCUAUUGUCUCAAGAUUUGUCAUAUCUUGCUUCUUUGUUUACAAGAUGAUUUUGGGUGAUGUCUCAGUUGACGAUUUCGAUGAUACUCACAAGCUUUUGGCUGGCUUUUUGGUGGUAUUUUGCACUCUAUUUGUUAUGAUUAUUAUGCUUAAUCUUCUGAUUUCAAUUAUUGGCCAGGUCUACGGUUAAGUUUAGGAAAAUUAAAUCAAUGAAUUUUAUCAAGAAAAAGCAACUAUCAUAGCUGAAAACUCAUAUUUGAUCCCUAAGAAUAUUUUAUCAGAGAGAUUCAAGCCAGGUAAAUAUCUUUUAAUUGCUAAGAAAGUUGGUGAAGAGGUAGCCUCCAAAGAUGAGGAAUAAGAAAAUGACAAGGAACAAAGAUAAAUGAAUAAAUUUCUUGAUGAAAUGAGAGAAAUUAUUGAUUAGAAAUUUAAGGCUUUUGAGCAAAGACACGAUGGGCAACAAUCAACAAGAUCUUAAUUUAAGUUGAAGAAAACAUUUUGA